AUGGCAGUUGUGGCUCUUUGCUUUUUGGCGGUAUUAUGUAGUUUGCUCCAACAAGGUCUAGCAAUAACCUGCUAUCAAUGUAACAGUCACAACGACUCACGAUGUCUCAUGCCUAAGCUGCCCGACUCACUAAGACUCCCCUGCGGUCCAAAAGACACAAUGUGCAGGAAAAUAUCUCAAGUAGUCGAAUUUGAGAUGAACGGUAUGCCGCCAGAUAGCCGCGUUAUCAGAGGCUGUGGAUGGGAUGAUAGUAGCUAUAAGGGUCGUUGCUACCAGCGUUCAGGGUUCGGCGGCCGGCAGGAGGUGUGUUCGUGUUUAGAGGACGGCUGUAACUCCGCCACCGCCCCAGUGGCAGCCACAGUCCUCAUGUUGCUCACAUUCGCUUUACUUAGGUUC